AUGAAGUGGCCCUUGCAUGCUGACCAAGUACAGCAGCAGCAGCAGCAGCAGCAGCAGCAGCAGCAGCAGCAGCAGCAGCAGCAGCAGCAGCAGCAGCAGCAGCAGCAGCAGCAGCAGCAGCAGCAGCAGCAGCAGCAGCAGCAGCAGCAGCAGCAGCAGCAGCAGCAGCAGCAGCAGCAGCAGCAGCAGCAGCAGCAGCAGCAGCAGCAGCAGCAGCAGCAGCAGCAGCAGCAGCAGCAGCAGCAGCAGCAGCAGCAGCAGCAGCAGCAGCAGCAGCAGCAGCAGCAGCAGCAGCAGCAGCAGCAGCAGCAGCAGCAGCAGCAGCAGCAGCAGCAGCAGCAGCAGCAGCAGCAGCAGCAGCAGCAGCAGCAGCAGCAGCAGCAGCAGCAGCAGCAGCAGCAGCAGCAGCAGCAGCAGCAGCAGCAGCAGCAGCAGCAGCCAAGCAGCCAGCACACAGCAGCAGCAGCAGCAGCAGCAGCAGCAGCAGCAGCAGCAGCAGCAGCAGCAGCAGCAGCAGCAGCAGCAGCAGCAGCAGCAGCAGCAGCAGCAGCACAGCAGCAGCAGCAGCAGACAGCAGCAGCACAGCAGCAUCAGCAGCAGCAGCAGCAGCAGCAGCAGCAGCAGCAGCGCCAGCAGCAGCAGCAGCAGCAGCAGCAGCAGCAG